AGAGCGGUGGGCUCACCGGCGAUCCCAUCAUCGUCAUCGUGCUCCGAGCCGUCAACAUCACAAGCAUCUACAGUAGUUUCAGCUCCAACUCUUCCACCACCAUCACCAUUAACAUCGCUGCCACAAAAGCCCGCCCCUUUGAUGCCAUCAGGUCAUGUCACAACUGUAGAUCAACAGAAUCGACAGCAGCAUCAGCAGCAGCAGAGGCAACAACAACAGGCUCAGCAACAAAAUUCGAUGGCUCGAAAAUAUUCAAUGGAUACGAUACAGCAUCACACAAUGCAGCAUCCACAUCAGUUGCAAUAUAUUCCAAAUCGUGAGUUUUUUUUAUUUGCAAACUAUUUAAAAUGAGAACCUUUUCAAAAAAAGUAAACUUUUUUUGGAAAAUGAUUCCGGUGGUGAUGAUGAAGAUUUUUAUCUAUUUAUAAAAACAUUUUUUGAGCUCAUGAUUAAAUCGAAAUCCAUAUUUGGAUCAUAUCUAAUAACUUUCAAUGAAGUAUCUGACAUAAUUAUUCCCUAUAGAAACAAAAAGUGUAUGCCUUCCUACCGACCGAGUACCUAUUGCAAAAUGCACACGUUACCAUUUUUGAAUUUCUUAUUUGAAUUUUCAACAAAAUAUCUGAGAAUAUCAAAAACCAAAAAUUUAUACCAUAGUAAAACAAAUAGGCAGGUACGUAGGCAGGUAGGCAUUAUGCAAUCUCGAACACCCGAAGCCUCUCUAACUAGCUUAAAACUACAUAGUUGCUUUUGAAAAUUAAGGAAAUCAGAUUUUUUGCUCAUGGCUUAAUGGGGGUUCUGCUUCAAAAAAUCCAAAAUAGUCUGGAAUUCAGAAUUAACACAAAAAAAAUCGGGAAAAAACCCAACUUUAAAAAACGUUAUUUUUCAAUUUUAAUAAAAAUUUCCCUGUUUGUAUUUCCUCCAAAAUGAGAAUCCACGCCCAUUUUCGAACUCCGCACACUCCGUCUGAUUGGUGGAGAAGUGGGCGUCGUUCAUUUCUUGCAGUUAAUUUUUGGAGGAAAUUCAAAGUGGAAUUAUAAAAAUUUGCGUUCUUUAAAGUUUAAUUUUUCAUUCUUUCUCGAUUUUUAUUCUAAGACAAUUUUGGGGUUUUUUGGAGCAAAAACGCCAUUCACGCUCCACCUUUAAAGCAUUUUGCUUCUUUCUUUUGGAACUUUUUUCUAAACGUUAAGUAAGUAUUAGUUAGCUUUCGUACAUUUGAUUAUAAUCCCACUAGAUUUGAUCAGUCUGACCACAUAAAAGAAACGAUGCUCAUGCUCAAUGAUCAACGUCAGAAUGUUUGAACACUGUUGAGCUAACAGGGGAACCGCUAGACAUAGGCUUCGUAUAUUUUCUUGUGUUUGGUCAAAGAUCAUAACACACGUGUAUUUUAUUCUAAAGUUGAAUUUGAUAGAUGAACAGAGAUUGGGAACAAAGUAUGUGAUUAGUGAUAAGAUCGUUGGGAUUAGAGAUUGAACUUGCACCGACGAAAAGAAAUUACACUGGUGACGUUUUGGAGUCUAGACGAAAAUAUAUUUUGAUUUCUGCUGAAAUGCUGUUUGAAAGUGCGAGAGAGAUUUUUAGCAGAAAAGAAAAAUGAUAUUUUGAUUUUCUCCAAAAACGUUAUAGGCUACAAGUUGAAUGUGGCGACAAUAACUAUUUAAUCUGCUUUUAUUCUAAUUUUGAUAUACUCGAGAGCAUACAAGUGGUUUCAUCUGAUAAUGUUGAUCAUGAAAUAUUAUGUUAAGAAAAUUAUUUGGUUACUGAAAAAACUGAACAACAUUUUCAAAUUUGCACUAAAUGUUUUCUACGUAUCAGAAGAGGGGAACCCUAUGAUACUUUGAUCUAUGUCUCUCGCUGUCUCAUCUUUUGCAUUAAGUAGGUCUAUGCCCUCCUCCUCCUCCUCCUCCUCCUAAACCUCCAUAUCGUACUCUAGUUUCAUAUUGGAAUACCUGUGAUGUCAUUACAUUUCGUCUCAUACCUUUUAUAUUACGUCGCUCUCUCAAUUUGAAACACUGUUUCCCUGGUAUAUUUUCAAUGUAACGCCCUCUGUCCGCCCGACUCCUCGCGCGCUUCACCGCCACGCUCCUUACAACUGUUUGCUCAACUGAUCACAGUUUGUUUAAUGCUCGGUUCCCUUCACCGAGCGGACUGUGUCUCGGAGAGAGCAAAAUAACAGAAACUCUUACCGUCUGCGUCUGCGAUUCGCUCCCAUCUCUUGCGUUCCACACAACUGCCACCCUCACGGGCCACUCUCUUACUCUCUCAGUCUCUACGUACUUCUCUAUAUAGUUCUCAUCUAUCUAUAUAGUUGUCUCUACCAGCAUACCAUCAUCAUCAUCACUGUCAUCAUCAAAACCACCAUCAUCAUUGCCAUUGUACAUUCAACACGCUUCGAUUUAUGUUUUAGAAACGUUCAAAAAAUAUUUGUUCUUUUUUUUCAAGAAAAAUCCGAGAAAAAAUCAAAUAAAGAUCAAAAUAUUAACUGUAAUGGACGUGAUUCGUCUUCUAGACUUCAUGACUGCCUCAACUGAUGUGUUCGCAGCAAUGGAUAUGAGUCAGAAACAGUCAUCACCUCCUGGAAUAUUUAAAAUUGCCAAGAACGAGCCGAGCAGCUCAUCGAAUUCGCAACCUGGCACACCGGCAAUGGGUGAUCGACGAGCGGUUCCUGCUUGCGCCAUUUGUGGUACAGAUUCGACGGGUAUUCAUUUCGGAGUGGACGCGUGUGCCGCGUGUUCGGCGUUCUUCCGACGAACAGUUGUUCUCAAUAAAGACUAUUCAUGUAACAAGGGAGGAAAAUGUACAGUAGUCAAAGAUGGAUCAGCUGGUCAAAAAUGCAGAGCAUGUCGAUUUCGUAAAUGUAUCAGUUCAGGAAUGGAUAAAAACUCUGUUCAACAUCGUCGUGAUGCUAUCGGAAAGUAUUCGGCAGGUGUAAAACGAGAGCUGAGCCCCGAUGCGGAAUUCGAACCAUCAGCUAAAGUGUCGACAGUUAGUGAACCGAGCACAUCGUCGGGACCAUCUGGAGGUUUCAAUCAAAAUGUUUCAUCUCCGGCUGGAAUUCCAAGAGUUCCAAGUACACUCCGAACAACACAAGCAUCGACUUGUAUGAACUCAGCAUGUGGUCAGAAAUCCGUUCUUCAUGAGCUCAUUUGUCGACAAAAUUUUCUAACGGAACAACGACAACUUUUUUAUGCUGGAUGCUUAGGCGAUUGGUUUCGGAAACCAUCGUCUAUUGAGAAUCAAACUCUCUCCGAACUCACCGACUUCUCGAGUUGCAUGUUUCAUUUAUGGAAGAUCGAACCUCGACUUGCUGCAGAUUUUAUGAACCGAAAUCGAUAUCUGGAUCCGUUGCCAAUUGUAGAGAAAUUAAAAAUCUAUCGAAAUUUUGUGAUAAUGCGUCAAUCCGUCGAAGAGCCUUACUUGACUUGGAGGCACGGUGGACUCGAGAAACGAUGGUUCGUGAUGCCCAAUAAUACGUAUAUUGACUUCAAUAAUAUUGCCAAAUAUUUUGAAAAUGGAGCACUGAAAGAUCUCAAAUUGGACUAUGAGACGACGACAAAUCUGUUCCUUCCUUCAUUCACACAUGCAAUGGACACAAUCGGAGAAAAAAUGAAGAAAAAUAAUAUAACGGAAACAGAGCUCACCAUUCUUCUCGGGCUUGUGCUCCUCGAUCCAGGAAUAUACGGAAUCCAUGAGAGCACUAGAAAAUUUUUGAAAAGAAUUCGAGAUCAGCUUAUUCAUGAUGUUUAUAUGUACUAUGAAGAUGAAAUGUCACAUUUGUAUGAUCCAGAAAUUCGAAUGGCUGAUAUUUUCAUGCUUGUCGCCGCUAUAAAGAUUCACUCGAUCAAAACGUCAGAAAAUAUGCACAUGCUCCGAGUGUUUGAUUUAAUCCCGGCGGAUGCAUGUUUCAACCAGAUGCUUGACGUGGAAAGUGUAAACGUUUCUCCAGAUGGACAAAAAGACUCAGAAGCUGAGCAAGGACCAAGUCCUGUUUCCGUCCCAGAAGCGGCACGUGGCAGCUACCAAGAUGAUGAUAUGCCUCCUGUUCUCGAAAAAAACUGUGAUCUUUAGAGCCUGUGUAUCUCUUUUUGUGAUUGAACCCCUUUUCUAGUCAUAUGUGCGUUUUCAUUCCCGAUUGUACUACAAUGAUUACCUCUCUCCGGUUUUGUAGGGUUUCUUUUUUAUGACGAUGUUUAUAUUCUAAGUGCCUAUUUUAUAUUGUUGACAUUUUGAAAGAGAAAAGAAUAUUGCAUGUUUUUGGUUUCAUUACCUCUUAGCAACAAUUUAACCUCAUCAUACUUUAAUUGUGACGAUCUCCAAGUGUUAUGGGUUUUUAUUAAAGAACCUCUUCUCAUUCAUUUCAUUUCCCUUUCCCCAUAUUUUUUCUUGAUUACUUGAAAUGUAUUGAAAAUAUGCUGUUGAUAUUCGAUGUAAUUUGCAACAUACAAUAAUUUUUAUGAUAAAUUAUUUGCCAUUUA